AUGCAGGAGGCGCAGGUGAGCAUCAUCAGCAACUCAGACUGCAGAGGGGCCUACGGCCAAUCGCAGAUUACCGCUGACAUGCUGUGCGCGCAGGGCGCCAACAGCGACGGGGACGUUACCGACGCCUGCCAGGGGGACAGCGGUGGACCGCUCGUUUGUGCCUCUGGCGGCGCUUCCUACGUCUUGCACGGAGCCACGUCGUGGGGCUAUGGGUGUGCAGAUCAGCGGUACCCCGGCAUAUGGUCUCGGGUUAGCUACGUGCGUGAUUGGAUCGACGAGUUGAUGGGGGUGACUGGGGCCCCGACCCCAUCAACUCCAGCACCUCCUCCAACGCCUUCUCCUAGCCACAUGUGGGCGGACAUCGUCGGCGAGUGCACGCUCGACGGCGCAUGUGUUCAGAGCGAGAACUAUCCGCAGCCGUACGGCAACAACCAGAAGUGCACGAUCACGAUCGACGUGUCGAACGCAGCACCGAUCGUCGUUGAAAGUUUUGACGUUGAGUCGUACUUCGAUUACCUUACUGUCGACGGAGGGGCAAGGUAUACUGGAUCUUCAGGUCCCUCUGGGGUCACCCUGGCGGAAAGCGUGCUGUGGUCGUCCGAUUUCAGCGUUACGAGGAGUGGAUGGAGAUUUUGCAUGCCGGUGUCAACACCUGCACCCCCUCCGACUGUAGCACCAACACCUGCACCGACCGCUUCCCCGACAGCAGCGCCGCCGACUGCUGCACCGACGGAAGCACCGACCGCUUCCCAGACCGCGGCACCGACAGCAGCACCGACCGCUUUCCCAACGGCUGCACCAACAGCUGCGCCGACUCUUCCGCCGACUCCUUCGCCGACCGCUGCACCGACGCCCGGUUCUGCGCACAUGUGGGCCGCCAUUUCUGGCCCGUGCACGCUCGACGGCUCAUGCGUGCAGAGCGCGAACUAUCCACAGCCAUACGGCAACGACCAGAAGUGCACGGUCACGAUCGACGCGUCGAACGCAGCACCGAUCGUCGUCGAAAGUUUUGACGUCGAGUCGUACUUCGACUACCUAGUUGUCGACGGAGGGGCAACGUAUACUGGAUCUUCAGGUCCCUCUGCGGUCACCCCGACAUCCAGUAUCUUGUGGUCGUCCGACUUCAGCGUCACGAGGAGUGGCUGGAAAUUCUGUAUGCCGGUGUCAACACCUGCACCCCCUCCGACUGCAGCACCGACGCCUGCACUGACCGCGCCACCGACGCCUGCACCGACGGCUGCGCCCGGUUCCGGGAGCAUGUGGGGGGCCAUUUCGGGCCCGUGUGUGCAAGACGGCGCAUGUGUCCAGAGCCCGAACUAUCCGCACUAUUAUUAUAGCAACAACCAGCAGUGCACGAUCGAGAUCAACGCGGCGAGUGCAUCACCGAUCAUCGUGGAGUACUUCAACGUGGAGUGGUACUUCGACUACCUCUUGGUCGACGGAUGGAAGUUCUUCAGUGGAAGGCGCCGUCGUCCGCAUGGGUUCACCCGUCGUCCAGCAUCCUGUGGUCGUCCGACUCCAGCGUCACGAGGCGCGUGUGGAGAUUGUGCGAGCCCGGUCGCCGCCUUGUGGAGGAGGCCCAGGAGCCCGACGAGCCCGCCUCGGAGCUGGCGGCAGCCUCCGAGCCCACGCAGGUGGAGGUCGAGGCGGACACGGAGGCGAGGCGGAUGGUGCUCGUUUGAGCGCGGCGCCAAGUCGAUCGCGUGGCCGACGCCAGAGAGCAGAUGUCCUCGGCAGCGUGGGCUGUCGAGGUGCGAUGCUCUUGGCACUGGCCACUCCCAGAGAGCGGCUGGCUCGUUCUCCGACGUGUCGGCACGCUGGACGCGAGGUUGCCUUGCGCCAAGAUGCUGCGGGAGACGACGCUUCCAACAAGUUUUUACUCUGCUCGCGCUCGUGUGUGUUUUUCGUUCCUCUGGUGCUGGUCGCGCUAGCCAUAUUCACAGAACAUCGGGUCUUUUCCUGACGGAUUCCUUCUUCUUUUGCAGCUCUGCGUCUCUUCCUCAUUCUUUGCGGCUCGGCAGCGCGAUUCUGGAUCGUCAGUGGCUUGCGACGUACACUCCAUGUCUAGUGCAUGAUGACCUCCAGCUGGGAGGCGAUAGCUCUGUAUUCAGUUGCUUGCGGCGCACGCUCCAUGAACUCACCUUUGAGAUGCAUGCGUGCGUCGCCAUGCCAUCUCGCACAAGGCCCGUUUUUUAUGCGUCCUCUGCCUGGAUGGGACAUUGGCAGUGGUUGCGCCAAAGUGCGUGGCUCUUCUGUCCGUCUUGCUCCUUGUAUCAUGAACGACGCGUUCAGGUUGGCGCACGGAGUCCGCUUGACAGAGCCAGCUCCGACGGAGCAGUUCCCAGCGGCAUCUACCGCAGUAGCAGGCACGACCGCUGA